CUGGCACCAGCAGCAGCUCAGGCUAGUCUUUGGCUUGCUGUAGCUACACACUGCUUGUCUGCAGCCACAUAUCCGAUCGAGAAGUGCUGUUGCGAGCACGAUCAGAAUGGCGGCGAACUCCUCGACGGCCGUGAAGAUGGCGUCGGACGGGCUGUGGCAGGGUGAGAACCCUCUCGACUUCGCGCUGCCGCUCCUCGCCGUGCAGAUCGCCGUCAUACUCGCGGUCACGCAGGGCCUCGCGCUCGCGCUCAGGCCGCUGCGCCAACCGAAAGUUGUCGCCGAGAUCCUGGGCGGCAUCUUGCUGGGGCCAUCGGCCCUGGGCCGGUGGGGCGCCUUCCGCCGCACCAUCUUCCCGGCGUGGAGCUCCGCGGCGCUGGACACCGUGUCGGGCCUCGGCCUGCUGCUCUUCCUCUUCCUCGUCGGCCUCGAGCUCGACUUCCGCGCCGUGCGCCGGGUGGGGCCGCGCAGCGUGGCCGUCGCCGCGGCGGGCAUCGUGCCGCCGUUCCUCGCCGCGCCCUGCCUCGUGCCGCUGCUCAGGCUCGCCGUCCCGUCGCCUCAGCACCACGCCGCGGCGUUCCUCCCGCUAUGCGUGUUCGUCGGCGCCGCGCUCUCGGUGACGGCGCUGCCCGUGCUCGCCUGCAUCCUCAAGGAGCUCGGCCUCCUCGGCGCGCAGUUCGGCGAGACCGCCAUGGCCGCCGCCGCCGUGAACGACGUCUUCGCGUGGGCGCUUCUCGCCCUCGCGCUCGCCGUCUCCGGCGGCGGCGGCGGGCCCACGGGCGCCUCAGAGCUCGCGCCGGUCUACAUCCUCGGCUCGGGGGCCGCCUUCGUGGCGUUCAUGCUGUGCGCGCUCCGCCCGCUCAUGGCGCGCCUGGCGCGCCGCACCGCCGCGCUGGCCUCCUCGGGAGCGCUGGUGGCCUGCGCCCUGCUCGCCGGCGCCGCGACCGACGCCAUCGGCGUGCACCCCGUGUUCGGCGCGUUCGUGUUCGGGCUGUCCGUGCCGCGGGAGGGCGGCCUCGCGGAGCGCUCGGGCGAGGCGGUGGCGCCGCUGGUGUCCGGGCUGAUGCUGCCGCUCUACUUCGCCACCAGCGGGCUGCACACCGACGUCGACACCGUCCGCGGCGCGGCGGCGUGGGGCAUGCUCGCGCUCGUCGUGGCCGUGGCGUUCCUGGGGAAGUUCGGCGGCACGUUCGCGGUGGCCGCCUGGACCGGCAUGGCCAGGCGCGAGGCCGCCGCGCUCGGCGUUGCCAUGAGCGCCAAGGGGCUCGUCGAGCUCAUCGUGCUCAACAUCGGCAAGGAGAGGAAGGUGCUGGAUGACACAACGUUCGCCAUCUUCGUGAUCAUGGCGCUGACGACGACGGUGCUCGCGACGCCGUUCAUGGCUGCUCUGUACCGCAGCACGCCGACGGCGACCACACCGGAGAGCGACGGGACCGAGCUCAAGGGCGGCGACGCCUGCCCGGCUUAGCUCAAGCCGAGAGGUUCAGAGGGGUCAACACUCCAUGUUAUUGUGUUCUUGUAUGUAUUGUAAUAGUACGAUGUGCGUGCCGGCAGGUGAUGCUGAUCAGUACUGUUCAGUGCCAGGGUUGCAGAUAUGUAAUGUACGAACGUAACUGUCGUGAGGAAGUGUAGGACUCCAUGUAUGUGUGUGUUCACACCUACGUCAACAUCCUCAUGGAUUCAUGGCAAAUUUCUCAAGUUUCUAUCUCACGAACAACAGAGAUCCAUGGAGAAGGCUCGAUUAAUGUGAUUUAUGGUUUUACACUUGUACUAGUAUUUUGUAAAAAAACAUUUUUCUUUCCAAAGAAGUCAACCUUUUGACUCUUGAAUAAUUAUUGCCAGAGUCUUAUUACAGCUCCUGAACUUCAAAA